GUUGUACGUCAUGGGUUGUCACAUCAGAUACUAAGAUCAACGAAAGGAUUGAUGAACUGAAUCAGAACAAGGAAACAUAUGCCAUUGAGAGUUUUCCUUCUGAAACAUGGAAUCCGUCAUCGAUUGAGACCGAUCCUGAGUGGUACGAGGAUGGAUAUAUUGUAGACUCCAGACAAAGUGAAUUUACAUUCCUCAAAGACCAACUCAUUAACGAAGAGAAAAAUGUUUCUCAUCGUGCUGUCAUCUCAAUUUUGGGAGAGUGUGGCAUUGGAAAGAAAACACUUGCAAGAAAACUGUACAAUGACCCUGAUAUCAUGAGAAACUUUGAGGUGCAUGUGUGGGUAUGUCUGCCACCACACAUCAGGUUCACAGACUAUGUAGAGACUAUGUACAAGCAGGUCAGCUCAGAGGUCCCAGAAACACCUGAAUUAAUUGAUAAAUUACCUGAAGGAUACGAUAAUUUAUCAUUGGCACCUGGUGAUGGGGAAACCGCCAGUAAAGAGCGCAAACUCCGACAACAAAUGCAGAACAGACGUUACUUAGUUGUUCUUGAUGGUCUGGUCGAAAUCAAUGACUGGAACUCUUUGUUCGACGUCCUGCCAGAUGACAACAAUGGCAGCCGAAUCUUACUUACGACACGCCUAAGUGUGAAGGAAAUCAAUCAUAUGGACCCACGUAUUGCUCCCCUUGAGUUGAGUUGUCUUGAAACCCUACAUGGUGAACAAUUGUUUUGUCAACGUGUUUUUGGAGCAAAGAAACCGCCACAAAUUUACAAGUGCAAAGCUUACUAUGAAAAAAUUCACAAUAUAUCAACAGGUCUCCCUCUAGCCAUCAUUGUGCUUGCUGGAGUAUUACGGUCAAAGGUGAUUCCUGUGGAGUGGGAUGAUGUUCUUGAGCAACUCGAGACGAAUGGCCAACCGAAACCAGUUGGCAGCAUAUGGUCUUUAGCUUUUGAUGAUCUGCCACACCACCUAAAGUCAUGCUUGCUCUACUUUGCGUCCAUGUCAGAAAAUAUUAUUAUGUACCCAGAUCGUUUGGUUCGUCUGUGGGUUGCUGAGGGUUUUGUAGUGCCAAAGAAGGGAAAAACUCUCGAGGAAGUUGGGUUUGACUAUAUGAAGGAAUUGGUCUCAAGAGGAUUAGUCCAGGUCAUGGAGAAGGAUGCUGGAGGAGGAAUCAAACUGGUAGCCAUCCACAAUCUGCUCCAUGCCUUCGUGGAGUCUGAAGCUCAGGACUCUGGUUUCCUUGAAAUCCACCACCAAGCUAAUGUCUCAAAUCCAAAUGCAGUGCGGCGCCUUGCUGUACACAACUACGUGGAUUCAUUUGUCAACAUACCUAAUGAAUUCCCUAAGCUGCGUUCCCUUCUCUGUGAUUUUGCAGAAGACCAACGCAGCAGCUCAAUAUAUGAAAUGCCUCAGCGUCAGACACUAUGGGGCAACUUUGCAGACCUGUGCUUAAGAGCAUGUGGGAAUCCUGAGAGGACUGGCUUAAAUACCAUUCAUGGGCUGCACUUCUUAGAGGGAUCCAGGUUCCUACGUGUCAUCGAUCUGAAUGGUCUGAAGAUCCAAAAGCUGCCAGAUGAGAUUGGAAGCAUAAUCCACUUGAGGUACCUUGGUAUAAGAAACAGCAACUUGGAGGGGCUCCCUUCAUCGCUUUGUAAGCUUGACAAUCUCCAGACAUUAGACAUAAGGAGAACAAAUGUGAGAAGAGUUGGUGAUGAAUUCUGGGAAAUUGAAACUCUAAGGCAUGUGCUUGCUGAGAAAAUCAUGUUGCCUAAUUGCACGGUCUCCUUGAAUAAUUUGAUGACCCUUGACGGUGUGGAACCUUCAAAUCCAUGGCAUGAAGAAAUAUGUCCCUUGAACCACAUGAUUGGUCUCCGGUCUCUAUCUUUGUCUGGCAUUUCAGAAACCCAUACUAACGCGCUUUCAGCCGCUCUCAAGAAAAUGGAGUUCCUUGUAAACCUCAAAUUAUCUGGUGAACUUCUUCCAUCAACAAUGUUCACCGACUCAAGCAUGCGCCGCCUCCAGGUGCUAAUUCUAUAUGGCAAGCUAGAAGACCCUCAUGCUUCACAGAGUGACCGAUAUAUCAUGCCAAACCUCACCAUGCUCCAUUUGCACAAGUCGGAGCUGUCGCAGCCGUUUGUAGACAAGCUUGCAGUGCUGCCAAGCAUCGCUGAGAUGGAGCUCUUAUAUGGCGCAUACAGUGGAGCAAAACUGGUUUUUCCUGAGAGAGGAUUCCAGAGCCUUCGGAAGCUGAAGCUUAAAAAUCUGUGCACCUUGGAGGAGUUGGUGGUAAAGCCUGGCGCCAUGAUGAUGCUUUCGACCCUUGCCAUGUAUGAUUGCGGCAGAUUGAAGAUUGUCAAUGGUUUAACUGCCUUGGAACACCUCCAAGAACUGGCAUUCUACAACAUGGAAAUGAUCGUCGAUACUAUAAAGCACAAAGACAAGAAGCUUUUUGACAAGAUCAAAUGCCUGACUACCACCAGGUCCCUCACCAAGGUAGACCGAGAUGUGCCUGUCGGUUCCUGGAUCCGAAGUUUGGAGAGACCAGCUCCGACAUUACGUGUCAGUGAAGCUCCCGGGUCACCCUGCAGUGAGUUGGAGAGUGCUGGUUCUGUUGACCCAAAAGCAACUGAUGACAUUAAGGUACACUACAGUUCGGGCAGUGCGUGGGUCAGGCUAGCGCAGGUGUAGCUUCUUUACCGGUCAGUGUAGAAGCAGCAUGCCUUUUCAUGUUGUUUUCCUUGGUGAUUCAGUCUGUUGUUGUGCUUGCAAUGUUCAUUGAGUGAAGAACUUCUGGUCACUUGCUAUCAUGUUUCCGAUCUUGUGGGUUUUUUUUUGUGGAAUACUUUGAAACAAAUCUGAGUUCAA